AACAACAACAACAGGACGGGCCUCUCCCAUGAUUUGUGACUUGAUGAAAUGAUUGUCCUGCAACGAUCCUCCUAGUUGUGGUCUUAUAUAUUGCAGAGAACGUGGACGAUACGGAUAGAGAUACCUACGAGACAUAAAAAUAGAAGCUUAGACUAAAGAUGUCUGUAACGAGUCAGAAUCAACAUCUAUUCAUCAACGAUACUUCUAGUUGUAGUUGUUUGAGAAAUUGUCAAUAUAAGAGAAACCCCAAACAGAUGCCAUGCUUGACGAAUACUCUGGACAUCGCAGAGCAGCCGAGCUAGAACUGUCUGAACUCUACUCCCGUUCAGAGCAAGGGUCGGACAUAUCGUCCUCCUCGUCACCGCGCUCAGAUACCACGAACACGACUCCGCGAUCUUUGCAUGUUAACAUUAAGACUAGUACAAGAAAUGAUCUCCCAGAAUUGAUACGAUAGAUAGGUUCUCCGAGUAGCUUCUAAUAACCGCAGAACAGAAUCCGGGGAUUCAUCUGCUGGACGAGUCUACUUUUGGGAUUCAUGGAUUGAGUCGUUCGAAAACUUCUGUCAAGACGAGCGGCGAGCUGCGCCAUGCCUGGUCCUAUUACUGCACUUCACUGUAUGAUGCCCCCACUCGUCAUAAUUGAGAUGAACUACGAAGAUCUUCACAUGGGACGAAUGUCGUUCCACCUAAAAAAUACUCUGAGGGGUGGACGAAUGUCGUUCCACCUAAUCAUACCAAAACAUGUAGCUAAACCGAAGAGGCGGAACGGCAUUCGCCUAUCGACAUUCGCAAGGAGUGGAAGCAUUCAUUUACGGUCGUCGGCGUGGUUGUGUGGCACACGCUAGUGACGGGAGAACCAGGAACGAGAAGAUGGCCCUCUGAAGAUUAUGGCUCCUCGGUGUCAGUAUCGUAUGAUGGUGGGGAUCUCCUGAUGGCUAUUGCAAGUGAGAUGAGAGUCUACUCGAAUACGCAAAAUGAGCGAGAAAGUAAGACAUCACAAUGACCGAGUAUCUGAAAUUAUAGCAUACUCGCUUAUUUGCGUUUUUCGAUUAUCUGACUAAGUCAAUGAAAGGGGAAAACUACAGUUAUGCAUCAUCGUAAUAUCUUGCUGUUUUUUUUGUUUCCUGGAAAAGUAAAUGAUUCUUUCACAACGUCAUCUUCAUCUAAGCGAAUACUACCUCAUUCGACGAACAAGCUACGCAUAUUAGCAUAGGCAGUCUUGCGCCGUAUGUCGUAGUAACGGUUUACUUUUACCUCAGAGCAAGCUGGACGGAUCCGGGAUUUGUGGAGCCGGUUCCUACAAGUGCAGUAGAAGAUGUGCUUGUAGUGGGGGAUGGUGAUUCAUCUAAGGAAAUACUACAAGAUGAUAGACAAGAAGGCGUACCAGGGGUCCAAAGCUGUUCGUCUACUAAGAAUGAUGAUCAAGAGGCUGGAGUUCUUGGGGGAAAAGAUGCUCAAUCUGCAGGAUGCUCAACAGUAGAGCAUGCAAUCCGCAAAGCAUAUCCGCGACCUCAUUUUCCUGGACCAGACAUACUCGGUAAUCCAGUUGCAGGACUAGAGAUGAUUGAAAUGAGCAAUCUGUCUACAACACCCGCCAAGGAUGAAGAGAAUCAAAAUCAUGAGAACAACGACGUGGUCAUCAAGAAAGCUUCAUCUCCCGGAAGCUCUGCAACAAAACGAAAGAAGAAGGGCCCAUCCUCAACAUCAAAGAAACCACCACCAUGGGAAGUGCGUCGCCCAGACGGUAGUUCGUUUUCGCUUAGAUAUUGCAAACAAUGCAAAGGCUAUCAGCCUCUACGAGCAAAGCAUUGCAAGGAUUGCGGACGCUGCGUCAGAACCUACGACCACCACUGCCCAUGGAUAGGCACUUGCGUUGGUGAGAGGAAUCGACGGUAUUUCUUUCUCUUUCUUCUAUUCCAGUUCGCAGAAUUGUUGCGUUUUGGGUAUCUUGGGGUGAACGUAUUUUGGGAACAACAAAACGGCGGUAGAAGUAGCAGUACUGGACAUCAUGGAGGUUCAGGUUCUCGUCAAGAGCUGCAUGGUAUUUUAAAGGAUCAUGCAGAUCGAAGCCCGGCUCCCUAUGACGUCGAUGCAAUCAAAAACGCCUUGAAAAAUAUGAUCCCUCGCGUUCAUGUGUAUCACGGGAACACCCAUCAAGAACAAUAUGGAAGGGCUUCAUCUGCGAAAGGUACUGAACAAGCAGAAGAUCUUGUUGGGGGUCCAAAAAAACUGGGAGUCGAUACGAAGCCUCCUAUUUUGUCUGAAGCACGAAGAAAAGAGUUGCUAUUGGAGAUGCAGUUGGCACGAGAUGCUGUUGUAGAAGAGGUCAAUGGUGGUAUUAAGCCGAAGCCUGUUGCAGAGCAAGCCAGUUCUGCGCUGCUGCUUCCGAGUAACAGUGAACAUGUUCUUGAUACUGAAGGAUCAUCAGAAAUUCCACGAGGCACUUUAUUGACCUCGACAGGACAACACGAUCAAGAAAAGCAUCUAGUACCUCCGCAGGCGCAGCCUGUGCGACAAGAGCAACCCUCAUCACGACCACCUCCUACGUCACUAGCAGCAUCCUCCGCGACCAGAAGAAGCACGACCCGAAAAGCACCAAGUUCUCAAGCCAGAAAAAGAGUUGUUGUUGCGCCAGCUGCGAGGUUUGUACUUAUACUUGCGAUUUUCGUAAUCUGUCUCUUCGCCCUGAUGGUCGGCACAUUGCUAGCGUACCACACAUAUUUAGCGGCCAUUAACCUGACGUCAUGGGAAACGGGAUCGUGGGAUCGGAUUACUUAUCUGAGUUAUGCGUGGCAAGUAAGUCAUACUAGUUUUUCGGUAUGCUGUUGCUGUUGGUGUGCAGCCUAUGCUGUAGUGGUCAAGAAGCACCUCAGGCAUUCGCAUACCGAAAAAAUACUCGAACAACUCGCAAUUUUUGUUUCUAAUCACGGGACUUGGAUUAUGAAUUGGGAUCGCCUUUCUCUCGAAGCCUGGUCUUGAAUUGUGCCUCUUAUUUCUGCCCCGAGAGGUGUCGUCCUAGUUUAGAAAGAAAAAACAUGAUAGAAGAUUUCUCUGCGCCUGGCGUACAAGGACCGCGAGGUGUUGAACUUGACUUAGGAGAAAUACACAAGGCAAAGGAUGAUGAGCUUCAUCAAGAGAUGGACAUGCAUGAAAAAAUAGAGAAUACUCUUCAAGGGCAGCUUCAGGGACAUCCCAUAUCCAGCAUGAACAACGAUCACAACAUCAACAACUUGUUUCCUGAUCACCUAACUUGGGCCCUCGGUCCACAGCAUAUUCCCUCGGGUGUGAAAUUUUGCUCUGGUGAUGGUUGUGACGAUUGUUGUGACAGAAUGUGCUCAUCCUCAGGUUGCUGUUGUCCAUCAUGUUGUGACGAGCAUCGAACAACUUUUAACGAUGAUCCUCGUUUGUCGCCAAUUUAGCAAUUAUUCGUCGACUGUCAUUAUGACUAUGCUGCCAGGAUGACUACCAGUUCAUCAUGUUCUUCGAGCUCGUCACCGCGGAACAUGAACGCACGAUCCCAUCUGUUGUUCAGCGGCUGGUGGGGAAUGAAGUGUUUAUACGGCACUAUGAAUAUAAUUAUGGUGUUGUACAUCAA